AUGAAAGAAGUGGUUCGGAAAGAAGUGGUUCGGAAAGAAAUGGUGGAGUUGCUAGACGUUGGUCUUAUCUAUCCUAUAUCUGACAGCUCAUGGGUGAGUCCUGUGCAUGUGGUCCCCAAAAAGGGGGGGACCACCGUCAUUAGAAACGAGAAGAAUGAACUAAUCCCUACAAGGACAAUUAUAGGUUGGCGAGUGUGUAUCGACUACAGGAGGUUAAACAUUGCGACCAGGAAAUACCACUUCCCUUUGCCAUUCAUUGAUCAAAUGUUGGAAAGGCUAGCUGGUCAUGAUUACUACUAUUUUCUAGAUGGAUACUCCGGGUAUAAUCAGAUUGCUAUUGCUCCGGAAGACCAAGAGAAGACGGAGAAGUGCCAUUUCAUGGUGCGAGAAGGAAUAGUCUUGGGUCACAAAAUUUCCUACAAGGGAAUUGAAGUCGACCAAGAAAAAGUGGAGGUGAUAUCUAAGCUUCCGCCUCCGGUUAACGGAAAAGGUAUCAGGAGUUUCUUAGGACAUGCAGGUUUUUACCACAGGUUCAUAAGAGAUUUCUCUAAAAUAGCCAAACCACUGACCACUCUAUUGGUUAAGGAUAAGGCUUUUGUGUUCGAUGAAGAAUGUACCACAACGUUUAAGACAUUGAAAAACAAAUUCGUAUCGGCACCAAUUAUGAACUAUGCUACUACUGAGAAGGAGUUGUUAGCAGUGGUUUAUACAUUUGAUAAAUUCCAGCAAUACCUGUUAGGAUCAAAGGUUAUUGUUUAUACUGACCAUGCUGCUUUGAAAUAUCUAUUUGCUAAACAGGAUUCUAAGUCGAGGCUUCUGAGAUGGAUCUUGCCCCUCCAAGAAUUUGAUGUGGAAAUUAGGGACAAAAGGGGAUAUGAAAACACUGUUGCCGAUCAUUUAUCUCAAAUGUCGCCAAUUGAAGAAAUAGAAGACAAGAGACCAAUAAAGGAUGAGUUUGCUGAUGAACACAUCCUAGCUGUCAUUGGUAUCCCUUGGUUCACGGACUACGCGAAUUAUCUAGUAGGUGGUGUAAUCCCUAAUGUUUUUUAUUCUAACAAGAAGAAAAAGUGUUUACAUGAUUGCAGGUUCUACUUGUGGGAUGACCCAUUCCUAUACAAGAGAAGAGUAGAUGGACUAGUCAGAAGAUAUGUCUUGGAGAAGGAACAAAAGGAUGUGCUUAGAGCUUGUCAUGAUUCAGAUUAUGGAGGACACUUUAGUGGUGAAAGAACAACAGCUAAAGUCCUUCAGUUGGGUUUAUACUGGCCCUCACUGUUCAAAGAUGCGCAAUACAUAGUCAAGGAGUGUGAUAGAUGUCAAAGAACAGGCAACAUUUCUAAGAGGAAUCAGAUGCCGCAGAAUGCCAUGCUGGAAAUCAAAUUGUUUGAUGUAUGA